CACCGGUGGCCAUUUACGGUCAUGAGUCAAAUCACGGGACCUUCCAGCCAAACGUAACUAUUUUCCGACGCAGCAAUAUUGUACUUGGAUGACAGUAUGGCUGGAGAAACGAUCGCACCUGACUGGGAGUUUGAUCGUUUUGACGAUGGGUCACAGAAAAUCCACACUGAGGUCCAGCUCAAGAACUAUGCGAAAUUCCUCGAGGAAUACACAUCCCAGCUGAAAGGCAUAGAGGAUGCCCUGGAUGAGUCCAUAGGAGAUGUUUGGGAUUUCACCCUGGACCCUAUUGCACUGAAGCUUGUUCCACGUGAACAGUCGUCCCUACUGGAGUUAAUUAAAACAGACAACAAGGUUCUGAACAAGGUCAUCACAGUAUAUGCUGCUCUCUGCAGUGAAGUGAAGAAGCUUAAGUAUGAGGCAGAAACCAAGUUUUACAAUGGUCUGUUGUACUAUGGGGAAGGAGUGUCGGAAACCAGUGUUGUUGAAGGAGAAUCCCAGAUUCAGAUGGGUAGAUUCAUAUCAUUUCUACAGGAAUUGUCCUGUUUUGUGUCCAGAUGUUUUGAGGUGGUCGUCAACAUUGUGCAUCAGCUGGCAGCCCUUUACAAUAACAACAAAGGUUCAGCGAAAAUCAUUGAAUCAUCGGGGGUCCAUUUCCAGACCGUGUAUGAGCACCUCGGAGAGCUACUGGUGGUACUGCUGACCCUGGACGAGAUCAUGGAAAACCAUGGUACACUUAAGGAGCACUGGCAGAUGUACAAAAGGUUGCUUAAGUCAGUGCACCAUAACCCGGGUAAAUUCUCCAUCCGGGAAGAGAAACUGAAACCUUUUGAGAAGCUCCUUCUGAAGCUGGAAGGACAGCUGCUUGAUGGAAUGAUACUGCAGGCUUGUGUGGAGCAGAGGUUCGAUGACCCUGCUGAAGGAGUGUCUGUGGCCAAAAACAGUGCAUUCGCCGAAGAGUUUGCCUUCAACAUACGCACAAUAUUCACUAAUGUGGAGUCCAAGAUCGGUGAGCCUUCUGAAAUAGACCAAAGGGAUAAGUACGCCGGGGUCUGCAGUCUCUUCGUGCUUCACUUUUACAUCUUCAGGACCGUUGACAAGAAGCUUUACAAAUCUCUCCUGGAUGUCUGUAAAAAGGUUCCCGCUGUGACGCUGACUGCUAACAUCCUCUGGUUCCCCGACAAUUUCCUCAGUACCAAGGUGCAGGCGGCGGCCAAGAUGCUGGACAAGAAGAGCCUGCAGGCCAUCAAGGCACAGAGGGACACGUACCUACUGCACAAGUCCCAGGCGCUCACAAAGGACGUGCAGUCAUACUAUGUAUUUGUGACCUCCUGGAUGAUGAAGAUGGAGGCUAUCCUGUCGAGGGGGCAUCGAAGUGAGAAGUUGGCAGAGGACUUAAACGGCAGAUGUAAUAUCUUCCUACAGGGAAUCCUUUAUGCCUAUAGCAUCAGUACCAUCAUCAAGACCACCAUGAACAUGUACAUGUCCAUGCAGCGGCCCAUGACCAAGACCUCUGUGAAGGCCCUCUGUCGACUGGUCGAGGUGCUCAAGGCUGUGGAGCACACCUUCCACCGGCGCUCUAUGGUGGUGGCGGACUCUGUCUCCCACAUAACCCAGCAGCUUCAGUCACAGGCCCUGAACGCCAUCGGUACCGCCAAGAGGAGAGUGAUCUCUGACAAGAAGUACAGCGAGCAGCGGCUGGACGUCCUGUCGUCACUGGUGCUGGCGGAGAACGCCCUCAACGGGCCCAGCACCCGGGAGCGCCGCCUGGCCAUCUCCCUGGCCCUGAGCGUGGGAACCCAGAUGAAAACCUUCAAGGACGAGGAGCUGCUGCCCUUACAGCUGGUGCUGAAGAAGCUGGAUCUGAUGAGCGAGCUGAAGGAGAGGGUCAGGCUCCAGUGUGACUGCAGCUUCCUGUACUGGCACAGGGCUGUGUUUCCCAUCUACCUCGACGACGUGUACGACAACGCAGUGGAUUCAGCACGGCUACACUACAUGUUCACGGCCCUGAGGGACUGCGUGCCGUGCAUGUUGCACGCCAAGCACGUGGAGUCAUGUGACCAGCUGCUGGAGUGCUACCACGAGGAGAUCAUGGACGUGUUCCACGAGCACCUGUUGGACAAGCUGUGCAAGGACAUCGAGAAGGACCUGCGUCUCUCGGUCCACACCCACCUGAAGCUGGACGACAGGAACCCCUUCAAGGUGGGCCUGAAGGACCUGGCCCACUUCUUCUCCCUCAAGCCCGUCCGCUUCUUCAACCGCUUCGUGGACAUCAAAGCCUAUGUGACCCACUACCUGGACCAGACCUUCUACAACCUGACCACGGUGGCGCUGCACGACUGGGCCACCUACAGCGAGAUGAGGAACCUGGCGUCCCAGCGCUACGGCCUCAGCAUGACCGAGGCCCACCUGCCCAGCCAGACCCUGGAACAGGGACUGGACGUGUUGGAGAUCAUGAGGAACAUCCAUGUGUUUGUCUCCCGCUACCUCUACAACCUCAACAACCAGAUCUUUAUUGAGAAGGCCAGUAACAAUAAGCACUUGAACACCAUUAACAUCCGCCACAUCGCCAACUCCAUCCGUACCCACGGCACCGGCAUCAUGAACACCACGGUGAACUUCACCUACCAGUUCCUCCGCAAGAAGUUCUACAUCUUCAGCCAGUUCAUGUACGACGAGCACAUCAAGUCCAGGCUGAUCAAGGACAUCCGCUUCUACAGGGAGACCAAGGACGAGUCCGACCAGAAGUACCCUUUUGAUCGAGCUGAGAAGUUCAACCGCGGCAUCCGAAAGCUGGGCAUCACCCCCGAUGGCCAGAGCUACCUGGACCAGUUCAGACAGCUCAUCAGCCAGAUAGGUAACGCCAUGGGCUACGUGCGUAUGAUACGCUCUGGAGGACUUCACUGCUGCAGCAGUGCUAUCAGGUUUGUCCCAGAUCUGGAGGACAUUGUCAACUUUGAGGAGAUGGUGAAAGAAGAGGGGCUGUCAGAGGAGACCCAGAAAGCUGCCAGUGUUCUGGAUGCCGUCCUGGGGGACCUCACCAGUAACUCUGCCGAGGGAACCGAGUACUUCAAGAAGCUAGUGGGAGUGUUUGCACCCGAGUUCCGGAGCGCCAAGAACAUGCACCUGCGGAACUUCUACAUGAUCGUUCCACCACUGGCGGUGAACUUUGUGGAGCACUCCAUCGGCUGUAAGGAGAAGCUCAACAAGAAGAACAAGAGCGGGGCGGCCUUUACGGACGACGGCUUCGCCAUGGGCGUGGCCUACAUCCUGAAGCUUCUGGACCAGUACCUGGAGUUUGACUCCCUGCACUGGUUCCAAGCCGUCCGGGACAAGUACAUAAAGGAGAUGAACGCAGUGGUAAAGGAGCAGAGCGUUCAGGCCACCAGCCAGGACGAGAAGCUCCUGCAGACCAUGAACCUCACCCAGAAGAGACUGGAAAUCUACCUCCAGGAGUUUGAGCUCCUGCACUUCUCCUUGAGCAGCGCCAGGAUCUUCUUCAGAGCCGACAAGACGGCGGCUGAGGAGAUCCAGGAGAAGAGAGAUAGAAAAUCGAACAAAGCAGAAGGAUCGUCGGUAGGCUCCAACCCUACAGAAGCGGCCGCAAAGUGACCUUCAACGGGAGAGAGUACUGUAGCGUUAGACGGCGUGUCAUGUCAGCGAUGUCAGGCACAGAAGAAGAGCAGAAUCCGUCGGGUACCACUGUGAAUGAAGACGCCCCCGGUCUGUGGUGUAACUAGUCAGGGACUGAUUCGCCAUUUUUGGACGGACCCAUCUGGACGUCAAUGCAGCCUUUCUGCUUUUAUUUUAUUUUUACUCUAUUGACUCUAUUGCAUUCAGUUAUAUCACAAGUGAGAUUGUACCAUUGGAUGGCAAAAAAUGAAAACAUCUUUCUUCUAGAUUGUGACUUUAGCCUUCAGAGUAGACUGUUUACACAAUACUAACAUUCCUGUAGCCAUUGACAAUAAUGUUAUUUUUUCAUAGUGCAACUCGUGGCUAAAACUUAACUUUCCAAUUAUUUGUUAUUAAUGUCAUUGCUUUGAUUGUAUGUAUUGUUCUUUGCACAUAUUUCUAAUGUUUGCGGUUUGUAAUUGUUUUUUUCUCCUGUAUUAUCGACGCUUUCACCCAUCCAUGCUUAGAUAUGGUCAUUCCGAUUUCAUAAUUGUAUGGUAGCCUGUCUUAAAGCAAUGCCUUUUGGAUGAAUUAGAAUCCAUUUGUCUGACAUUUUGAAUGUUCUCAAAUUGCACAUUGAACUUGUGUUGGUGCCGUAUUUGUUUGUGCCAUUUUGGAGAUUUUGAGUUUAUUCGUUGACAUUCAUUCAUGAUUGCUUGGAGUAGCUACAUGGUUGCUUGUUCAGUAAGCAGGAGAUAUCUAUAGCACAGAUGCUCCAACAAUACUCUCCCUUAACUUUCAUUUUUAGAAAUGUUUCCUGAAAUAUUACGCAUAAUAUGCAGCCUAAAACAGCAACCAGAUUAGAAAAUGAUUUGAAAUGGGACUCGCCAUGUUGAAAUGAAGGAUUGUCUAGUGUCUAGACAAUCUCCUUAAUGAUCUGUAUCUAUAUUCACUGAACUGAUUUAGGAUGAGUAGAAAUAACCAUUUUUGUAAAUAUUUACAGGAUGACUUGACGUGUGUUGAUUCCAAACCUGACCUCUGUUGAACUGAAAAUAAAUAAAGUCAGUUGAUGGUAUUUUAUACACGAUUAAGUGUAAUUAUUUUUCCCAUUUCUGAAAAGGUUAAUUCAAAUGGCCUAUUUGAUGAGCGGAGAAUGGUUAUUGUCCGUUGCAAAACAAGAAAAGACAAAGUUGUUCAGGAAAGCCUUUUCUGCUUUAAUACAAAUAAAAGCUUAACUUCA